ACGAAAACUGCCCCCAAGAAGUUUUGAUUAUAUAUUAUUAAAUACGGUUUUAACCGUUACGUGACCUUUACACACUCUUCCAAACAGGACAAGACAAAAUGGUGAUUGGAUUACUUGUUCGCGGCGGCCUGGUGGCCGGGGCAGUUUACUACACGAACAAAGUGGGAAUCUGGGGCGACUCCCAGCAAACCGAGCAGCUCUACAACAAUGUCAAGUCCGAGCUGUGUCCGUAUGUAACGAAGGCGAAAAAACAGCUGCCAUUCGAUGUGCCCCAGCUGCCGAACACCGGCGAGAUGCGCUUCCUGGCCAAACACUAUUACAACGAGGGCGUGAAGGGCUCCAUUCGCUUCGUCCAUAUGCUGCCCUGCUACGCGGGUCGCGGCAUUAAGAAGGUUAAAGAUACAUUCGAGGAUUUUGCUAAGUCCCCGGCCAUCACUGGCAGCCAGGACGCCGGCAGUCCAGCAAAGCAAUAGGCCCCUAUGUGCCCUACUAUGUUCUCUUAUAUGCCAGGCUGUUUUGUGUUAGUUAUAUUAAGUGUAUAAUUUUUUUCCCUGCAUGCCCACACACAACACCAGCAAAGUGACAAAUCAUCUGUGCUCUGAAUACUUAAACGAUUGAGGGGUUCCCUCUUCUAGUUAAGUAAUAAAAAUGAUUAUUUUAGCGUGAAGAUCGCCGUGAAAUGUAACAACA